AAAAAGAGAGGGGGGAAGAAAGAGAGGGAAAGGGUAACUAGCAUUAAUGCCACCGUGAACUUUUUUUGUAAAUAUCUUUAACACUAAUUUCUGGGUUCCUGUCCUUUGCCUAUUGCACAUCUAAGACUCUUUUUGGACAAAUACAAAAGACGACACAUUUAUUUGCCUCUUUUGGGGACAUUAGAAAGAUAUUUCGAUAAUAAAUGCUAAAAGCACCAAACGAAUGGCUGUGACUCAAGCUGUACUGCCUUCGUUUUCAAACUUCUGCAACACCUCCGAAAACAUGAAGGCUUGGAAGUUUGAAAAAGGCUUCUUGGAUCUGGACUCCAAGGAUCUACACCAAAGCACUGGCAGCUAUAAACCUUCUCAGUUUCUGUCAAAUGAAAACCAUGAUGACAGUGAGGGAUGCUGGGAUAUGGAGUUCCUGCUGUCUGACUGGGGCGGCGCAUCACCUGGACGGUCCAACUCUCAAAACUACACUUCCCAGCGGCCGCCGAUGCAGGACCAGGUUCACAGUCCUGAUCUUUACCAGGUCCAGGAGUCAAGAUCAAACAGACACCGAGUGACCAUUACAAGUUCUCUGGCUGAGCUGCUUCCUCAUGAAGCAAGUUCCUCAUUGCCUGACCUUUUUAAUGGAGGAUAUUUGGAGCAGCAGCAGCAAGUGGCAAAAUCGUUCUCACAAGCAGAAAACCCCCAUCAGUUCAGUAGUUUCCCUAUUGCUAAUGACAUCAACAGAGAAAAUGAGAGAAACAGCAUGGGGAAGAUGAAGUCGUGGGAUUUUGGACACUAUCCUCAGCCUGCACCUUUGAUACCCUUCCCUUCCCAGACGUCUGGGAUUGCCAUGGACGCACUGGUGUUUCCUCCACACCAUCAAUAUAACUUCAUCCAAAACUACUCGCAGCCCAGACUCUACCAACCGCAAGUGAACUACGUGCACAGGCAGCCGGCCAGCCACUAUCCGUCCACACAGAGCAUGGUGCACGACUCCACAGUGCCCCCUGCAGGUCUGGGGGGGAAGCGCAUGCGGAGGGGGGUGUUGAAGAGGAAAGCCACGGUUCACAGUUGUGAAUACCCAGGCUGCCAUAAGACUUACACCAAGAGCUCUCAUCUCAAAGCACACCUCCGAACACACACAGGUAAUAUGAAAACACACUUUCACUUUUUAUGUCCAUGUUUAGGGUCAGAAUAUUACAGAAUGGCAUAUUUUUAA